AUGAGCUCGAGUUCUAACCUCCAAUACGAAGAAAUACCAAAGAAAUAUAUAGACCCUUUAGCUCCUAAAGACAAAGGAGAAGGUUCAAGAGUCAAUGGGAAAGAUUGGAAAAUAAAAAAGGAUGCCUUUCGUGUCAAGACUUUGGGAGUGGUAUCGAAAACAAAGAAGGAUUCAUUCAAGCAACGUGAACUAAAACGAUUGGAAGAAGAACAAUAUAAAGCAAGAUUGAAGGAGAUGAAGGAUGAAAAAGAAUCUGUUAAAAAUCAAAGAAUUGCUGAUUUAAAAAGACGGAAAGAAAUUAAAGCAGAAAAAGAAAGAUAUGAAAGAAUGGCUACUAAAAUGCAUGCUAAAAAAGUGGAAAGGAUGAGAAAGAGAGAAAAGAGAAAUAAAUUAUUGAAAGAACGUUAG